GCGACAUCACACGUAAAAGGGAAAUCCGAAAACCAUAAUAAUUUGUGCGAAACAGUUGUUUAAACUUCAUUAAAUAAUAAAAUACAGUAAUUAAAUCAAUCGAAAAUGGCUUCAAUACCGCUAAUGUAUGCUCAAGAAGAUUGUGAGUUAGGUGGAAAGGAAUCCAUCGAGGAUGAUUUUGCGUACCGCAACAAUGUGGCCAAUGCUGAUAAAGAGAUCCGACUGGGGUUCGUGCGCAAAGUAUACGGCCUACUCUCCAUGCAACUGUUGGCUACGGUUGCUAUCGCUGGAACAUUCCAUCUUGUUGAACCCAUCAAACUCUUCAUACAUCAAAAUGACUGGAUGGUGAUAAUAGCGUUUAUACUGAGCAUGAUCACGCUAUUCGCACUCAUCGCCAAGAGAAGGGACUCGCCCGCUAACCUCUACCUGCUGGCGGCUUUUACGGUGGUACAAGCAUACUCAGUGGGCGUGGUAGUGUCGUACUACAACACAGCCGUCGUCCUUCAGGCCCUGACUCUCACCUUCGCCGUAGUCUUCUCUCUCACCGUCUUCACCCUCAACACCAAGACUGACUUCUCUUUCAUUGGUUAUGGGCUUUUUGCGGGUCUCGCGGUGCUCAUCGUGGGCGGCAUCCUACAACUCUUCAUCCAGAGCUCAGGGUUCGAAAUCGCCCUGUCCUUCGUCGGUGCCAUCUUGUUCAGCCUCUUCCUUAUCUUUGACACGCAGAUGAUGAUGACCACGUUGUCUCCUGAGGAGUACAUCCUGGCUACCAUCAACCUGUACCUUGAUAUCAUCAAUCUCUUCCUGUACAUUCUACGAAUCCUUAACGAGUUGAACAGGAAUUAAAUUCCAAUGCCCACAUAGCAUUUUCUUUUAUAUAUUUAUUAGAGCAUUUUAUUGCACGUUAUAUUCUCGAUGUCUUGUGAACGGC